GCAACCAGCGCACGGAUGGACGCGGCGUGGAGGACCCUGAAGGCUUCACAACACGUGGAGAUGUGGGCUGAGGUGUUGCUUCUGCCCUGCAGGGCUCGGCUGCUUCCGCCUCUCCGGCUGCGGCACCGCGCGGCGCGCGCCAUGAAGCUGCAAUGCCCGCAGUUCCAGGCGCUCUUCACACCGGGGCUGCGCAGUGUGGCAGAAUUGUUUGAGAAGAAGAACUACGAGCUGAGAAUAGCGGGAGGGGCCGUGAGGGAUUUGCUGAGUGGAAUAACGCCUCAAGAUGUGGAUUUCGCCACUACGGCUACACCCGAAGAGAUGAAGGAGAUGUUCACGUCUGCUGGGGUUCGGCUGAUCAAUAACAAAGGAGAAAAACACGGAACCAUCACGGCCAGGCUCCAUGAACAGAAUUUUGAAAUUACUACUCUCAGAAUAGAUGUUGUCACCGAUGGACGCCAUGCGGAGGUGGAAUUCACCACUGAUUGGGAAAAGGAUGCUGAAAGGAGGGAUCUGACCAUCAAUUCCAUGUUUUUAGGCUUGGAUGGGAUGCUGUAUGAUUUCUUUAACGGAUAUGAAGACUUAAAGAGCAAGAAAAUAAGAUUUGUAGGAAAGGCAACCGCAAGGAUACAAGAAGAUUAUUUACGAAUCCUAAGAUAUUUCAGGUUUUAUGGGAGGAUUGCAGAAAAACCUGGCGAUCACGAAUCAAGCACACUGCAAGCAAUUAAAGAAAAUGCCAAAGGUUUGGCUGGGAUAUCAGGAGAAAGGAUUUGGGUGGAACUGAAAAAAAUUCUAAUUGGAAAGCACGUAAAUCAUUUGGUUCGACUUCUGUAUGACCUGGACGUCGCUCAAUACAUAGGUUUACCAGUUAAUGGAAAUCUGGAUGAACUUGACAGAGUCAGUAAAAAUACCGAAAAUUUGUGUCCAAAACCUAUGACUGUUCUGACGUCAUUGUUCAAGGUGAAGGAUGAUGUAACAAACCUUGAUUUGAGGCUGAAAAUCUCAAAAGAGGAAAAAAACCUUGGCUUCUUUCUGCUGAAACACCGUGAGGAGUUAACUAAAGCGACGGGUCCAGAACCACUUAAACCAUAUCAAGACUUCAUAAUGGAUUCUAGGGAAGCAAAUACAAUUUCCAAAAUAUUAGAACUCCUGAAGUACCAGGGAGAAGAGCAGCUUUUAAAAGAAAUGCAGCAGUGGACUGUUCCUACUUUUCCUGUUAGUGGCCAUGAUUUGCGGAAAAUGGGCAUAACUUGUGGGAAAGAAAUUGGCUCAGCACUACAGCAGUUAAGGGAGGAAUGGAAGAAGAGUGGGUACUGCAUGGAUAAAGAAGAGUUGUUAAGUUGUAUGAAGAAAGUGUAAAAGGCUGAUAGCAGCAAACAUUUCCUGAAAUGAAAGUUCAGAGGAAGUAGAAAGUUCAGAGUCAAGUCUGUCGAAAUGAACUGAUUUCCUGGUGUCUCGUGCCACCUUCUCUCCACCACUGUCAUUCUUAAGAUCAACCUUCAGUUCUCAGCGUGUCUGAAACAACAGUAGCGUGAUGCACACUGAACGCCAAAGGCGAAGCUUUCCUGGCAUGUGGCUGCGAGUUCUUGUUUUGUUGGUUUUUAAGUGAGCAUCAAAAGCAGAACUAAGCAGAUGUAUCUAAGAGACAGAGUACUCCCUGUUCAUCUCCAAAGCAGGGUACUGGAUUACAAGCAGAGUAACGGAGAUCUGUCGUGGCCCAACUCGUCCUCUGCUUCUGGAAUCCGAGGCAGGAGAGCAGACCGUGUCAAUCCCCAGAAUUUCUGUGGUGACAUAUCCUUUUUGGUAGCUGUGAACUUCCAUCCCAUAUGGUUCCCACAGAUUCUGCACUGCGCUAUAGUCCAGGCAUACCUGUCAAAACAAACAAACAAAAACCUUCAAGGAGAGAAAGUACUUAAAGCAUUCGGGAUAGAAGAAUGACUUCUGAUAGCAUGUCACAGAAGGGACCACACAGAUAAGUGAUUU